AUGCCACGCCCCCUCAGCUUCACCCUCUGCUCCAAGGAGACCUUUGAGUCCAUCGAGGUGGACAUCCUGCCCGCCUACGACGCCUUGGGGCAGGUGAACCGGAAUGCCCCACCAGAUGCGGGAGUGUACGUGGAGCUCCUGAAUGCCAGCAGUGACCCCGGGGAGUUCUCCCCGUGCUUCACUGAGCUGCAGAAGAAGUUUGUGAAGCGUUGCCCCCCCAAGCUGAAGAACCUCCUGCGUCUGGUCAAGCACUGGUACAAGGAGCUGCUGAAGCCACAGUACCCCACCGCAGACCUGCCCCCCAAGUAUGCCCUGGAGCUGCUGACAGUCUACGCCUGGGAGGAGGGCACGGGCUCCCGCGAGUCCUUCGUCACAGCCGAGGGCUUCCGUACAGUGUUGGAGCUGCUGUGCCGGUACAAGGAGAUCUGCAUCUACUGGGAGACGUACUACUCACUCCAGCACAGCCAGAUCGGUGCCCACGUGAAGGGGCUGCUGCGCCGUCCCCGGUGA